AUGAGAAAAUUUUUGGUUGAUAGAACAAGUAAUGUGAAUGUUGUGCAACCGGAAGCCGAAGUAGAAGAACCACCACCUAAUGUGGCCAAUGAGUUUAAUCCAAAUGAGAUUGUACGUGAUCCAGGUCGUAGGAAACAAAUUCAUACAUAUGCUUCGGAUAUUCAAGACCAACAACCCGGGAGGGCCGAGUACUUUGGUUUCGAUGUCUUCACCAAAGACGGAUUUAAAGAUUGGAAGCAUGCAUCUAAAGGCUUGAAAGAUCAUAUUGGUAGUCAUAAUAGUAUGCACAACUCCUGUAUCAAGCAUUAUGAUGAUUAUAAUAAUCAAAGACAAAGCAUAGAAAGUAAGUUAGCUAAAGCAACUAAGGAAUCCGAAGAAUUGUAUAAGAUCUGUUUGACUUGUUCUCUAGAUUAUACUAUAUAUCUCAUAGCACAAGGCAUUGCUUUCCGUGGCCAUGAUGAAAAAACUACUUCUCUAAACAAGGAGUGUUGUGCAUAUGAAGUUAUGAAUGUGAUUAUGGAAGAGCUUGGUGAUAAACAAUUCUAUGUGCUUAUUGAUGAGUCACGUGAUAUAUCCGUUAAAGAGCAAAUGGCGGUGAUGUUGAGGUUUGUGAACAACAAAGGGGAAGUUGUGGAACGAUUUAUUGCUCUACAUCAUGUCAAAGAUACUACUUUUAAGGCACUAAAGAAUGCUCUUUAUUGUAUUCUUGAACGUUACAAGUUAUCUAUUUCAAGGAUACGAGGGCAAGGAUAUGAUGGAGCUUCAAAUAUGAUAGGUGAAUUUAAUGGUUUGCAAAGAAAGAUUCUAGAUGAAAAUCCUUAUGCUUUCUAUGUCCAUUGUUAUGCUCACCGCUUGCAAUUGGUGAUUGUGUCUGUUGCUAGUAGUUGCUCAUCUAUUAAUGAUUUCUUUGAGUACAUCUCCGUGAUUGUAACAACAUCAAGUGCAUCUUGCAAGAGAAGGGAUGCUUUGAUGGAGACACAACACAAAGAUAUUUUGAAAAAACUUGAGAGUGGUGAGAUAUCUACAGGAAGGGGCUUGAACCAAUCAUCUACUCUUGCUAGAGCCGGGAAUACUAGAUGGGGUUCACAUCAUACUACAUUGCUUCGUUUGGAUCAGAUGCGGUCCUCCGUGUUAGUGGUGCUUAGUAUGGUUCAUGAAGAUGGACGUGGACCAUCUCAAGCGGCGGGUUUGAUAGAAAAGAUGGAGAGCUUUAAAUUUGCUUUCAUUUUGAAGUUAAUGUUAAAGUUGUUUAGUAUCACAAACGAGCUUUCAAAAAUCUUGCAAAGAAAAUAUCUUAAUAUUGUUAGUGCCAUGGAAUUAAUUAAUGUCGUCAAAGCUCGGUUGGCCACAUUGAGAGAUAAUGGUUGGGACAAUUUAUUUGUUGAUGUACAAGAAUUUUGUGUUGCUAAAGGUAUUCCGGUGUCAAAUAUGGAUGAAGAAAUACCGGUUCGGGGUCGUUCAAGACUAGAAGGGAGGGCCGUCACUAAUCUUCACCAUUACCGUGCCGAGAUUUUUUAUGUUGCUAUUGACAAAAUAUGUGUGGAGAUGGAUCAUCGCUUUAGUGAAGGAAGUAACAUUGUACUUGAUUGCUUCUCAUGUCUUGAUCCCAAGAACUAUUUCUCUAAGUUUGAUGUUGAUAAGCUUGCUCAUCUUGCUGAUAUUUAUCAUGCAGACUUUUCUGAUGAUGAUCGUGGAACAAUAAGGAAGCAACUUGACACUUACGUACUUCAAAUGAAAAGGCAUGCUUCCUUUUCUUCUUGUGAAGAUGUUCAAAGUUUGGCUAUGAAGAUGGUUCAAACUGAGAAACAUUUGGUAUUUCCAUUGGUCUACAAACUCAUUGAGUUGGCUUUGAUAUUGCCGGUGUCGACAGCUUCCGUUGAAAGAGCUUUUUCAGCAAUGAAGAUUAUCAAGACUAAAUUGCGCAACAAGAUCAACAAUGGAUGGUUGAAUGACUUGAUGAUCUGUUACACCGAGCGGGAGAUAUUCAAGUCACUUGAUGAUGUUGAUAUUAUUCGAACAUUCACUCGAAAGAGGUCACGGAAAGGGCAUUUACCUCCUAAUUUUAUUUAG